AUGGCUUACUGGAAGUUCGGAGCUUGCGUUCUCUUGAGUGCGGCCCGGGCCGUUCAAGGACUCGGUCCGCUUCACCUUGGGAACACUGAAGGCUGGGCUACGCUGCAGCAAUUGAACUCGGAUCUCCAGUCCGAGUCGGUUUCGGCCUUCGCGGAGUACCCCGAAUACAACUUGUCCGUCCCGAUCGACCACUUCCACAACGACUCACGAUAUGAGCCUCAUUCCGACGAAUACUUCAACCUUCGCUACUGGUUUGACGCGAAGCACUACCGCAAGGGAGGUCCCGUGAUCAUCCUUGCUGCUGGUGAGACGGACGCCGAGGACCGUCUGCCGUUCCUCGACCACGGUAUCUUGUCCAUCCUCGCCAAGGCCACCGGUGGCGUCGGAGUCGUGUUAGAGCAUCGGUACUAUGGCAAAAGCUUCCCUGUUCCCGAUCUCAGCACCGAGAAUCUGCGAUUCCUGAGCACCGACCAGGCUCUUGCCGACACAGCUUACUUCGCGAAGCACAUCAGCUUCCCCGGUCACGAGGACCUCAAUCUGACGGCGCCCGAUACCGCCUACAUCGCCUACGGGGGCUCCUACGCUGGCGCGUUUGCUGCGUUCUUGAGGAAGCUCUAUCCCGAUGUCUUUUGGGGUGGGAUCUCCUCUUCUGGCGUCACCGCCGCUAUCAUCGACUACUGGGAGUACUUCGAGGCAGCUCGCCUUUUCGCGCCGGGUAACUGUGCUGAGACGACCCAAAAGCUCACCCAAGUGGUUGACAACAUUCUGUUUGGCAAGGGGAAUGGUGUCACUACUGCCGAUGUCGACGAACUCAAAGAUCUGUUUGGACUCAAGCCUCUUGAAGACGCCGACUUCGCCAACGUCCUCAGCUGGGGCAUCACUGGACUGCAAUCGACGAACUGGGAUCCUUCCCAGGACAGCGCUUCGUUCGGAAAGUUCUGCGCCACUGUCUCCUCUGACAGCGUUCUCUUCGGAAGCACGCGUCAUCUGAAGGCCUCUGCCGAGAGAGUUCUUGCGGCCAGCGGUUCCGAAAAGAAGUUGACGAAUCAUCUGCUCAACUACAUUGGAUAUGUCAGGGAUGAUGUCAAGCAAGCCUGCCGUGAUGGUGAUCUCUUCCGCUGCUUCUCAAGCAAGAACGAGGCCAACUACAACAACACCUCUAUCCGCCAGAGUGCUGGCCGUAGCUGGACUUACCAGGUUUGCACAGAAUGGGGUUACUUCCAGACGGGAUCGGGCGUACCCAAGGACCAGCUCCCGCUCAUCUCCCGUGCUAUAGAUCUAGAGUACAGCUCGCUUUAUUGCCGCAAGGCGUUCAACAUCAGCAAAGACCCGGACGUCGAGGCCAUCAACAAGCACGGUGGCUUCAACUUCAGCUACCCUCGCGUCGCGAUCGUCGACGGAGAAGCUGACCCAUGGAGGGCUGCCACGCCUCACAAGAUUGGCCUUGACCGCAAGUCGACUACCAGCGAGCCGUUCCUUCUUAUCCCACUCGGCGUUCAUCAUUGGGAUGAGAACGGUGCGAAGGAAAAGGAUGUUACCUCGGAUUUCCCGCCCGAUUCUAUCAAGAAGGUACAGGCUCAAGAGGUCGAGUUUGUCACUGCUUGGAUGAAGGAAUGGGAGGAGACGCAGGGCCUGGGCGAAGAAGAGAGUACGUCGCACCCCGCCACUCAUGUCAAUAGUAUGCUGACUAUGACAGGCAUGAUCUCCGAGGAGCUGUAG